CUAUCUUGGGGCACAAGCAGCCACCUCACUUGGCUUACCUAACAGACUGGCCUGUGAGAUGCACACAUCAUUACAAUGCCUCACUGAGGGAAAACAAUGUCCUGGGUUAAGAUGGGCCAUGGGCUACAGACCAAGAGUUUUAGAAGAGAGGAAAUGAGCAAUGGAUGUGCCCUACAAAGAGAUCUCCCAGCCCUCUGGUCUGGAACAUUUGGAGUUAGGUGAGCAACGGACGACAGGAGGGGACGGGGGGAGGGGUGUUCCAAGAGGCCUGACUGAGGAAGGCAUGGAGAUUUUGUUUCCUCUCUCAAGGUACACUCUUGCAUUAUAGAGUCGGUAGUCUUUCUUCAUGAUACAUCCUUCCAUGAUGUCAAAAGCAGCUUAGCCAGGGAGCACUGAAGCUAACGCUGUGGAAGGAAGUCACAGAGUAAGGAAACUUUCUGAAGGACAACGGACAGAUCAGAAAGACUAGGAAGUGACACAACAAGAGGCUGUAACUCUCAGAGCUAGGCGGCUGCCAUCUCUAAGGCAGCCAGCAUACAUCUGGGGCUACCACCUGAGUCUCCGAGAGUCAGCGUGCCAGGGAGAGCUGCUGAUGGACACAGGCCCUGUAUCAUCCACUGAUUCAUCUGGACCAUGUCAGUGGCAGCCUCAGUGAGAGACUCUGCCUCUGUCCUGCCUUCUCUACAGAAAAACCAAGUGAUUAUGAAUAAGACAGAAAGAGCACUUCACACUUGGACUCCCCAGAUGAAGGGCUUAAGGCUGGGACUAGGACCAGUAGUACCUUCACGUGUCAAGUUGGGGAUCAUGUUGCUGGUGGGAAUGAUUUUUCUCCCAAGAAUGUACUGUGGCAUAGAAUCGGUAUAUUACUCCUCCUACGAAAUCGUCAUCCCCCAGAGUUUGACAGUGAAGGGAAGGGAAGACCCAGUGGAAAAGGCAUCCUACAUGCUAUAUAUGCAGGGCCAGAAACAGGUGAUUCACUUGAAGGUGAAGAAAGACUAUUUUGUGAGCAGCUUUCCGGUCUUCAGCUACCACAAUGGGAUCCUGGAACAAGAAAUGCCCUUCAUCUCACAUGACUGCCACUAUGAAGGCUACAUAGAAGGAGUCCCAGGCUCUUUUGUUUCUGUCAACACAUGUUCAGGCCUCAAGGGCAUCCUGAUUAAGGAGGAACAAUCCUAUGGCAUUGAGCCCAUGGAGUCUUCAAAACGGUUUGAACACGUGCUGUACACCAUGGCACACCAAGCUCCAGUCUCCUGUAGUGUCACCUCCAAUAAGAGUCAACAAGGGGUGUCCACCAGCCGGCAACAAGGGAGCAGGAAGCUUCGUGAUCUACACGCACCGUCCUACUUGUGGUCACACACCAAGUACGUGGAGAUGUUUGUUGUGGUGAACCACCUGCGGUUCCAAAUGUGGGGCAGUAACAUCAAUGAGACAAUCCAGGGAGUGAUGGACAUCAUUGCUCUGGCCAACAGCUUCACUAGAGGAAUAAACACAGAGGUGGUGCUGGCUGGAAUGGAGAUUUGGACCGAGGGGGACCUAAUAGAGGUCCCGGUGGACUUGCAAGUUACGCUCAGGAAUUUCAACAGCUGGAGACAGCAGAAGCUCUUCAGUCGGGUGAAGCAUGAUGUUGCCCACAUGAUUGUUGGGCAUCAUCCCGGACAGAACAUGGGACAGGCAUUUCUCAGUGGUGCCUGUUCAAGUGGUUUUGCAGCAGCUGUUGAAUCCUUCCAUCACGAAGAUGUCCUCCUGUUUGCCGCACUCAUGGUCCAUGAGCUGGGGCACAACUUGGGUAUUCAGCACGACCAUUCCGCCUGCAUUUGUAAAGAUAAGUACUUUUGCCUCAUGCAUGAAAAUAUCACCAAAGUAGGUGGCUUCAGCAACUGUAGCUCUGACUCCUUCUACCAGUUUCUGCAUGAACACAAAGGGGCGUGUCUGUUUAACAAGCCAGGGCACAAAGGUCGCACACGUAGGGAUGCCAUCUGUGGAAAUGGUAUAGUGGACAACAUGGAACAGUGUGACUGUGGUCCUAAUUGUGCCAGUCACCCAUGUUGUAGCCCAUCAUGUACACUGAAGCCGCAGGCACAGUGCAGUCAUGGAAUAUGCUGUUCUUCCUGCAAAUUCAAAUCAAAGGGAGUACCUUGCCGUCGUAUUAAGGGAGAGUGUGACCUUCCAGAGUAUUGUGAUGGUCAGUCAGAAACAUGCCCCUCAGAUGUGUACAAGCAAGAUGGCACACCUUGUGAAAGAACAAAAGCUUGUGUUUUGGGUCAGUGUAACAACCCUGAUAAUCAAUGCAUGACUAUUUAUGGGUACCAAGCAAGGUCUGCCCCCGAAAAUUGUUAUACUUCAAUGAACAGCAAAGGCGACAGGUUUGGAAACUGUGGCCGUCCUACUACUUCUAAUCCAAGAUAUGUUCAGUGUGAGGGCGAUAAUGUAUUCUGUGGGAAAAUUGUAUGUACAAAUAUUGAAUACUUACCAACAAUCAAACCCCAACAUACAGUGAUCCAGAUCCCUAAUGAAGAAGAAUGGUGUUUUGGCAUAGAUGCUUAUAAUGGUACUGAUAUUCCUGAUGACGGUGAUGUGCAGAUUGGCACGUACUGUGCCCCAAACAAAGUCUGUAUAAAUUACUCCUGCAUUGCUCCCCCUGUGCUCAACCUUGGCUGUGAUCCAAAUGUAAUGUGUAAUGGGAAAGGAGUGUGCAACAAUUUAAAACACUGCCAUUGUGAGUAUGGCUUUGCCCCUCCUAACUGCAGUAAACCAGGCACUGGGGGUAGUGUGGAUAGUGGUCCCCCUGGCAAGCAAGAGGAAACUGCAGGAGGAGGAGGAGGAGGAGGAGGAGGAAGUGAAGAAACCGUUCACUUGAAAGAAAAACCCCUACUAGAUGUGCUAAUUGUAUCAAUUCCUAUUAUUUUAUUGCUAUUACUAUGUUUAUGCAUCAUCUGUUGUAUAUAUAAGUUACGUUAUGCACCAAAAAAACCUCCUCCCACACAAAAGGUUCCCGAGGAGGUCUCCAAAGAGGCCCCACCAGAGGCCGCACCAGAAGAGGCCCCAGAAGAAGAAGCCGCAGAAGAAGAGGCCCCAGAAGAAGAGGUCCCAGAGGAAGAGGCCCCAGAAGAAGAGGGCCCAGAAGAAGAGGGCCCAGAAGAAGAGGGCCCAGAAGAAGAGGGCCCAGAAGAGGAAGGUGGCGAAGAAGGGGAAGAACCAGGGUCAGAAGACUAG